GCUGGCAAGUCGCGCGCGCGCUGCGCUCCGGGCACAGGCGUUUAACUCUUGCCAAGUCUCAGCGCCGCUGCCGCCGCGGCUCGGCCCCGGCCUCGGGCUGCCUCCCCUCGAAGCAUGAACCUCCUCGGCCGCAGCCACCGGCGCUGCGCGGGCCGCGGACGGUGCGCGCCGGGGCUCCGGGCGCACAGCCUCAGGAUCCCCAGCGCCCGCGGCAGGCGAUCUGUGGCUGGGCGCGUGUGCAGGCGACAGUGCCAGCCGUGUGCCGGGACCUGGCGACACCGAACCGACAGUGCGCCUCCCCCUCCCCCAUUGCUUCGGACUCCGGGCGGGAAGUGGUUUUGGAGCUCCCACUGAGUACCAAGAAGGACGCAAACCUCUCUCGGACCCCAGUUCGGGCGGCCACCUGCCCUUGCCGCGGUGACCGUUCUCCCAUGACCCUGCGGUGCCUCGAGCCCUCCGGGAAUGGCGCGGAAGGGACGCGGAGCCAGUGGGAGACCGCGGCACCCGUGGAGGAGCCGUCCCCGGAGGCUGCGCGCCUGGCGAAGGCUCUGCGCGAGCUCAGCCAGACAGGAUGGUACUGGGGGAGUAUGACUGUUAAUGAAGCCAAAGAGAAAUUAAAAGAGGCUCCAGAGGGAACUUUCUUGAUUCGAGACAGUUCGCAUUCAGACUACCUACUAACCAUAUCGGUUAAGACAUCAGCGGGACCCACCAACCUGAGAAUCGAAUACCAAGAUGGGAAGUUCCGAUUGGACUCCAUCAUCUGUGUCAAAUCCAAGCUCAAACAGUUUGACAGCGUGGUCCAUCUGAUCGACCAUUAUGUGCAGAUGUGCAAGGAUAAGCGAACGGGCCCCGAAGCACCCCGCAACGGCACGGUGCACCUUUACCUGACCAGGCCGCUCUACACGGCAGCACCGCCCCUGCAGCAUCUCUGCCGACUGGCCAUUAACAAAUGCACCGGCACCAUCUGGGGACUGCCUUUACCCACCAGACUAAAAGAUUACUUGGAAGAAUAUAAAUUCCAGGUGUAAGUGUUUCUCUCUCUCUCUCUUUUUUUUUUUUUUCUAAAACCAUGCCUCAUGUAGAGUGUCUCCGAGUGCAGCUGUGUAAAAAGAGAACCACACUUGAGUGUGUGCUCUGCAUAACCACACGGGAGUUUGUCUUUAAGAACCGCUGACGUCGAGCUAAUUUAAACACGUGAAGAGGUAGCUAGGUUAUUUAAGGUCCUUCCCCGACCGCACCCCUCCGGAUCCAUUCACCUGUGUGCUGCUUCCCUGCCUGAGGCUUACCAAGACCAGUUGAUCCUCUGGAACGGAGAGCCAAAAUAUCCCAGCAGAAGGCCAGAGGGUCCCUGGGCAGAGACUGGCCCCUCUGAGGUUCCCUUCCGGGAGGUCCUGGGGCCUCAGCCCGUUAGAGGGCAGGAGUUCUGAGUGAGGAACCGGGCCGACCCAGGCUGGGCUCGGUCCCUGCCCGGUGGGCUGAGUGCGUCCUAGGACAUUCUCUGUUUGGCUUUCUGAUGUACCCAGGAGUUUUGUGAAAUGGAUUGUGCUCGUGAGUAUUCACCCCUCAUUUUUAUGCAAUUAACUAAAUCAGCCAAAAAAAAAAAAAAACCAAAAAAAAAAAAAGACCAUGAAAUCCUGCAUUUGUCUUUUUACUACAUAUAUGAACUCUCUCCUUUGAAUGAGUACUGUAGUAAUCCAUCUUAAGGGAGCCUUAUUUAAGAAAUACUUCAAACUGGUGCACAUGGAAAAGACUUCCUCUUU